AUGGCUCUUCGAGACAUCGAACACGACGUCAAAGACCCAAUUGACUCUGUCAACCCCUCCGAUGGCGACAUGGCUGUCGAAGGUAUCAGUGUGGACUGGUCCGUCGCGGAGGAGAACAAAGCCAGACGAAAGAUCGACUUCAUUCUGAUGCCACUACUCAUAUUAGGUUUCUUUGCACUCCAACUCGACCGGGCCAACAUUGGCAGCGCCUUGACUUCCAGCAUCACUGAGGAUCUGGGAAUCACCACCAAUGAAAUCAACGUGGGAAACCAGCUUUUAUCCCUCGACAUCUUCGUCCUCGAAAUUCCGUCUAAUGUCCUACUCAUGCGCGUUGGACCUCGUGUUUGGCUGUCUUGCCAAAUUAUCGCCUGGGGUCUGGUGGCUACUUUCCAAGCCUUCAUCCGCAACUAUCCCGCGUACCUGGCUACCAGACUGCUUCUUGGCUGUAUGGAAGCUGGAUUUAUCCCGGGCUGCCUGUACUUAAUGGGCUCAUGGUAUAAAGGGAACGAGAGCCGUGUAAGGGUUACCACGUUUUAUCUGGGCCAGAACUUCGCGACGGCCACAUCUUCACUGCUUGGGGCUGGUCUUCUUAAACUUGAUGGUCAUCUCGGGUUAGAAGGCUGGCGAUGGAUAUUUCUCGUGGAUGGCUUCAUCACCAUUGUGAUCGGCAUUGUUUUCAUCCUAUUUAUCCCACCCUCCGUGGGCGACGGGAAACCACUCAUCUGUUUCGGUCGAUGGAGUUACUUUACCGAGAAAGAAUCGCUAAUCCUGGUGAAUCGCGUCAUUCUGGACGACCCGUCUAAAAUGAACGAGAGCAAAGCUCGCCUUGGUGGACAAGACAUCCUCGAAUUCAUGAAGAAGCCAAAGAAGUGGCUUCACGUCCUCAUCACAAUGAGCUCAGUCUGCGCCGUCCACAGUCUCAGCACCUACGGCCCACGGAUGCUCAAAUCUUCAGGUUUCAGCACUACUAAUGCCAAUGCCAUGUACUCAGUCUCGGCCUAUGGCGCCAUGUUUUUUAACUUUACCCUCGCCUACCUUGCUGAUCGGGUUGGACACACAGGACCUUUCACACUGUUUGCGGCAACUUGGAAUGUCAUUGUGUAUUCAUGCAUGGUAAACUUGGAUCAAUACUCGAAAUGGUCCAGAUAUGCGGCUUUGGUAUUGGCUGGCGUCCCAUAUUAUGCUGUUCAUGCGUUGAAUGUGGGUUGGAUGGCAAGCACAUACACCAGCGUCCAAGACAGAAGCAUUUUCUCAGCUUUCAUCAUCAUGGCGUCCAACCUUGCCGGUAUACCUGCAGGGCAAAUUUUCCGUGCUGAUGAUGCCCCAUUUUAUCGACGUGGUGCCACAAUACCCUGCGCUCUCGCUGGCCUUUGUUGGGUUUUAGUUGCCAUUCUGGGCUUGUGGAAUCGUCACGGUCAGAAGAAGGCUAGAAAUGCGUAG